CAGGAUUUGAGAGAUAUCUUAAUGUUGCCUGGAGGUUCUAUAACUUGACCGUUUCGGCAUCGAUCAUGGCAGCAGAACGUCAAAUCGUGUGUGUUUUUACACUCAUCCUACACAAUGCUAAUGGUUUGGCCGAUGGAGAAAGAAUCAGUUCCAUUUGCACUCUUGAAGUACUGUCAAAUUCGGAGAAGUGGACCUUCAACGAUAACAUUAUAAUUCACACAAAACCUUUAAAGUUCCUGAAUAAGACGGCCUUCUUCAGAUUAGAACCAAUGAAUUCCACCGUUCUUCAAUCCGAGAUAAAGUCCAUCAAGAAGAUAAACUUCAAAGCAUGGCUACCGUAUUACAACCCAAAACUCACAGUGAUGUUAAGUGGAGAAAGUAGAUUAGCUUUCGGUACUAAUUUUGAAGCCACUUAUCUGAAAGUUCUUGCAGCUGGAAACAACUUCUAUCCUGGCAUUCAGCCAAAAUAUCUAAAUACCAUCAACAUGGGAGAUGCCGAAGCUAAUGCUACGAUCCUUUCCUUCCCAGAUCACUUUAUCAAUACAGGUUUGCUACUAUAACUCAGAAAAUACAACGGAUGAUGACAUCAUCGAAUUUGAGGCAGGUGUUGCUCUCUCGGAGAUGGCAGCUGUGGGUUCCCGUAACAACGUCAGUAUUAGCUUAUUAAUUAAUGGCACACAAGUCUGGAAUUUCACAUUAACACUGGUAGCAGCAGAAACAAUUUCAAAUGGGACCUGUGGAAUCAAAAUAGAGGACAAUCCAUUGGAAGACUUAUUUCCCUUUAGUCACGUGAUACUUACUCUGGAGAUAUGUAUCCCUGGUGGAAGAUCAGACACUUUGAAUUGUACAGUUUUUAUAGAAGAAACCUCGGCUCUCGGCCUGCAAAACGUGGUCCUUUCAAAGUCCAACGAGAAAAUUACUGAUAUAUCAAUCGAUUAUUCUCUAACGGAGAGUGGGGGAUUUAUAAAUCUGGACUAUCUCAGUUGGGAUGACAUUGGCAGCAACUCAUCUGUAAAAGUGGACCUAGCCAUUGCCCUCGAUCCUGAAAGAGUAAGGUUCUCUGAUGCUUACUCAGUGUCGAUCAGCAACAAAGGAAUGGGAACUAAGCGUGACGUACAUUUCAACAAGCCUGAAAUCUUAAAUGACGAAAACGGAAAAUUGUUAUCGACGAUUCAUCUAAUCCUGGACAAUAACAUCACCACUUGUCUUAGAUUACCGGUGAAUGGAGAGGUUCCACCAUUGCUCUGGAUGAAAAUGAACACUUCCUGGCUUGGCAUAACGCCAAAGGAAUAUAAAGUUACGUUCCGAGGUGUUGAUAUAACCUGUAAUUCUCACGGACGAAAAAGUCUUCUGGUAUCCUUUCCCACUGCAAGCUUACAGGAACCUCUCCAUGGAGACUCCGAGUUUUGUCAUUUGAUCCACGAAGACGACAUUUUCGAUGAGAACCUGAAGGAAUGUGAAUAUAAAUGUGAGUGUAAGGACAGCGUAGAAUGCGGGGAAUUGUUCGUAUCUAUGGCAAACCAGGAUAAGAUACCGCCAUGGGAGUUAUGUGAUGUAAGUGCUGUGAAUGUGUGACUCACCCAAACGUGAAACUACUGAAUUCUCACAGGGAAUCGGAUUUUCUUAACCAUACAAUAUAUUUCCUAAAUUUGUGUUGUAACUAAACAAAGUGCAGGUUAUAUAUGUUCGAUAUAGUACCACAGGACAUUGGCAUUAUUAAAUACCUGUAGAGUGGGGAUCGUACAUCGCAUGUAGGGUUUUAUUCAUUUUUUUAUUCUCAUCUAUAAUUUCUAAAAAGUGUUUUGCAAUACAUUUUACAUAUGACAUAAUGAAAAAACUAGAACUAACCAAGGAACAAUACAUACGACCAUCUUGCUAACACUUGAAUAAUACUAUUGUUAUUCAUCAUACAAUGUGUACAAACGCAACAUGCAUAAUUUGGUUAAUUUUGAAAGAUGUGGGGGAUCUUGGGUAAUCAAUAAUUGUGAACUUCGUGGGUGGUAAUCAGGUAUGAACGUUUUGGUUUAUAGCCAGAAUGUAUCACAUCCUGUCAGUGACUUUCUUAUUCAAUAAAUGUGUAACCACGAAACAAUAAGAAUUUAUCCCAUUUCUUCAUAUUCAAUAAAUGUGCAACCCCUAAAUUGUAAACAUUUCUCAAUAAGACUUGUGUGCGCUAUAAAUUUUUACGAACAUUUUCAUUUAACUUACAAUAUGUUUUUAGAUAUAAAAAGAAUCCAAAUCUGGAUUUCUUUUUUUAUAUAUAUAUUUAAAGCACACUAUAAGCAUAGGUAAAUUGUGCAACUUAUUUCUGUACUUUUUUACAUUAAAUGUGUGAUAGUGUCAAUCUCAUUAGUCCUAUGUAUUUAUUCGUUUUACUAUUGUUUGUUUAUCGUUUUGCUAAAUGGAAUCUUAAAACUCAGUUUACCGUAAAUUCUGUUGCGCAUCUGGAAUGAGUUGACUGAGUAAAGUUUUAUUCUGUUAUUUCAUUGGUUCUUGAUUUCAUUGGUCACUUCAUAUUUUUUUUAUCCAAUAAUAGUCUUUCAGUAUAAUUAUGCAUAAAUCUACCGCGUUUACCUAUGUAGUUGGAACGGUAAUACGUUUUGAUGAUUUCCAACCAGCUUACACCACCUCCAUCUUAUGGUCUAUCUAAUUAUAUGUGUCAUUACCACGAAAAGAUUUGAUAUGCGUAAUUAUUUUGAUUGCAAGUUUUCUACUCAAAGUCGUAAUGAUUAUAUCAGUCUGUUAGACUUUAAUUUAAAUUAUUUACAGAACACUUGUGCAUGUUUUCACAAAGUAACUUAUUACUUUUAUUUUCAUGUUUCUAUAUGUUUGUAAUACAAGUACCAUGUCUAUGACUUGUAUUUUGUCUGUUAUUAUAGGUCAAUGUUCCUUAUAUAUAAUACACUGAGAAACUCAACAUCUGGCUUUCUGUUCAGUUACAUAUAUUUACAUGUACCCAACAUUAUGAAAAUGUAAGAAUGUUUUAAUGUAUAACAUAACAUAUUUUGUAUACGGGAGAGGUUUUCUAAGUUGCUAGAACCCGUAACCAAUCCCUUUGUAUAUUUAUACAAUAAAAUAUGUUUGAAACGAAAUCGAUUGCGAUACAAAACUACUGUGCAUUCUCGUCCCCCCCCCCCCCCCCCCAUACACACACCCUUCCAGAAAGAUUCUGAAUAGUGAAUAUCAAUACAGGAAUAAUGCUUUUGAAAAGCAAAUGUUCAAUUUCAUUUUUAUGCCCCCGUAAUCGGAGAUUUGGGGCGCAUAUAUAGUUUUUGGUCCGUUCGUAUGUCUGUCAGUAAAAACUUGAACCUUCGCCAUUACUUUUGAAUGAAUGUUGACAGGGCUUUCACAUUUCACAUGUAUAUUCAUUGUGACAAAACCUUUCUGUACUUGCCAUUCCUCACUUUUGAAAUUUGACCUACUUUUGAAAAUCUGUAACCUUAGCCAUAACUUUUGAAUUGUUAGUAAAAAUACAUGAGGAUAUGAACUGAAAUUCUGUUUUUAUCGAAUAAAAAAAUCUGAGACCGGGACCGAAGACCGGGUUUUAGUCACGGGACCGAGACCGAAGACCGGGGCCGAGUUUUAGUCAGUACCGAGAAAUAUAAACUUCAUUUCAUUUCAUAUUACUGGACUCCCGGUAAGAUUUAUAUGUAAUUGUAUUGUCUCAUUCUAUUGAUAAGUUAUUAAUUUCAUUGGCGGCGUAACCUAACAUAUUGUGUUCUAUGUGUUGUCUAUGUAAUGUAUGUUUAAAUGUUCAAUGUAUAAAUGUCUGUUUAAAUGUUCAAUGUAUAAAUGUCUGUUUAAAUGUUGUGCGAGUGUUUUAUGUGUUGUGAGAGUUUGUGUUUUAAUUACAGGGUUUUCCUUACACGUGAGAACCCAGACCAACAA